AUGGCAGGGUUGUUUGACAAGCAGGCGGAGGACUACCUGGAUGGUCGCCCUGAUUAUCCCCCUCACUGGUAUUCUAUGUUGGCCGCUCUCACUCCCCACCACUCUUUGGCUUGGGAUGUCGGCACCGGCAACGGCCAAGCUGCUCUCGGUGUGGCUGAGCAUUAUGAGCAGGUGAUUGCAACUGAUGUGAGCGAAGCCCAACUAAAAUGUGCGACUCCACAUCCUCGGGUCAAAUACCUUCACACCCCCUUAUCCCUCCCCGAUGAUGAAAUAGUGAGGUUGAUAGGGGGCGAGGGUUCGGUUGAUUUGGUGACUGUGGCUCUAGCUGUCCACUGGUUCGACCUCUCAACCUUCUACCCUCUAGUAACUCGCCUACUAAGAAAGCCGGGGGGUGUAUUUGUCGUUUGGGGCUACCAUGUCCCUACAGUUAGUCCUACAAUUGACCCAUUAAUGAAGCGCUUCCUCCACACGACUCUUCCCUUCUGGAAUGAAAAGAUCCAACUCUCAUUUGAUGGUUACAAGACUCUGCCGUUCCCUUUCGAGAGUGUGGGGUUGGGUUGCGAGGGCCAGCCAGUGUCAUUGGAUAUACCCAAGAAGAUAUCCUGUGAUAGGUUUUUGAGGAUGUUGAGGUCAUGGUCUUCAGUAGCCACAGCUAAGGACCAAGGCAUAGAUCUGUUAUCAGAAGAGGUGGUGAAAGAGUUUGAAACUGCUUGGGGUGGUCCUCAGGUGAUUGCAUCAGUCACCUACAAGGGUUUUAUGCUUGCAGGGAAAGUCAAGCUUUAA